UACAUGAUGUGUACGAUAUUUGCAUCAAACCAGGCGGCCCUGCCUUUCAGGGCUCUCAAUGGCGCGUAGAGGGCAUGAAGAACGAACACGUCGUUGCCUGUGCCCUUUAUAAUUCGUCGAGUGUAUGGCAUCUUUUGACUUGUUAUCCAAAACUUCAACUAUUUUUAGGAGAAUAUUUCUCCCAACUCAGUCGAAUUUCGCAUGGUCGUUGAGACACCGCCCUGCAUUUCCCAAGAACGACUACCAGGACAUAACAAUCAGGACUAGGGGUUUACAGACAAGAAAACCUUGUCACCAGUAUAUUGGUGCUAUCCCAAUUCACCAAGGACUAUGCAUCGCAUAUCCUAAUAUGUAUCAAUAUCACAUCACACCGUUCUCAUUGGUCGAUCCGUCAAAGGAGGGGCACCAACGUAUCAUUGGGUUGUACUUGGUUGAUCCAACUAUUGCACCGCUGGCGUCCACGCAGAGAGUCCCACCCCAACAGAAGGCAUGGACGAGGUUAGGUCUCGAGAAGGGGACUCAUGUGAAUCUUCGCAGUGGAGCUCGUUGAUAAAGUGCUUGAUGAGGUGGACGGACUCAUGGAUAUGAUGAAGCGGUGAAGUAUAGGGGAAGGAUGGUGAAGGAACGAACCAGAUUGUCG